UGGCACACGAGGUUCUACGAUAAUACCUCAUCAUAUGACGUCACAAUCCAGGAAGUAGAGCACAGGCGGCAAACUGAGUGGCGCGGUGGGCUUCCCACGAUGAAAAAGAAAAUGUACACCACGGACGCAUUUGUCUGUAUUUUGUCGAGUGAAACGCACUGGUGAUGCAAGAUGAGCCAAAAAAGAAGAAGAAGGGCAGCAGCAGCUUCCAGCCAUGCCGUCAAUGAAGUCAACCCCCCUGUCAGGAAGCACAACAUCUGCAUGGUGUCUGACUUCUUCUAUCCCAACAUGGGAGGAGUUGAGAGUCACAUCUACCUCCUUGCCCAGUGUCUUAUUGAAAGGGGACACAAGGUGGUCGUUGUCACGCACGCCUAUGGCUGCAGGAAGGGCAUCAGGUACCUGACCAAUGGCCUGAAGGUCUAUUACCUACCCCUGCAGGUGAUGUACAACCAGUCCACCACCACGACUUUCUUCCACAGUCUCCCCCUUCUGCGCUGUGUGUUUGUCAGGGAGCGCAUCACUUUGGUGCACGCUCACAGCUCGUUUUCGGCUAUGGGCCACGAUGCUUUGUUUCAUGCAAAGACCAUGGGUCUUAACACGGUGUUCACUGACCAUUCGCUUUUCGGCUUUGCUGACAUCAGCUCUGUGCUAACCAACAAGCUCCUGACGGUGUCGCUGUGCGAUACCAACCACAUUGUAUGUGUGUCCUACACCAGCAAGGAGAACACCGUGCUGCGUGCGGCGCUUGACCCGAAGAUUGUGUCCGUCAUUCCCAACGCAGUAAACCACAGCGACUUUAUCCCCGACCCCUCUCGCCGCCAUGACAACAGGAUCACCAUCGUCGUGAUCAGCCGUCUAGUCUAUCGCAAAGGAAUUGAUCUUCUUGGUGGUAUCAUCCCAGAGCUCUGUCUCAAACAUCCGGAUCUUCAUUUCCUCAUUGGUGGGGAAGGACCAAAGAGAAUCGUGCUGGAGGAAGUGAGAGAGAAAUACCAGCUUCAUGACCGGGUGCGCCUGUUGGGGGCUCUGGAGCACAAAGACGUCAGAGAAGUUAUGGUCCAGGGCCACAUCUUUCUCAACACGUCAUUAACUGAAGCUUUCUGCAUGGCCAUAGUGGAGGGAGCAAGUUGUGGACUGCAGGUGGUCAGCACUCGUGUAGGGGGCAUCCCAGAGGUGCUACCCGAGGACUUGAUCAUACUUUGUGAGCCAACUGUGCGCUCGCUGUGUGCCGGUUUGGAGAAAGUCAUUGCAAGGCAGCGUUCCGGGUCAGUUGCCUGUCCCACCUCCAUCCACGCACGGGUGCAGAACCUCUACACCUGGAAAAAUGUGGCUGAGAGGACUGAAAAGGUUUAUGAUAGAGUGUGCGGAGAGGAGGUGCUUCCCCUGGACAGACGCCUUCAUAGGCUGAGAUCCCACUGCGGACCGGUGGCUGGCUCCCUCUUUGCCUUUGUGGCGGUUCUGGACUUCUUGUUCCUGUUGCUCCUCCAAUGGCUGGUGCCCGAUCGGGUCAUUGAUUUAUCUGUGGACGCCACCGGUCCUCUGGGACUGUGGAAGCAAGAACCAAGCAAGAAGAGUAAAGGCGAAUCUCAAUGUAAAAGUGACCUCAAGUAAGCGGAAGCAGCAUCUUGCAUGAUGCACACGGACAAACACUAGUGACUUUUUUAUUGCAAAAACUUUUGAAGGGAACCGGUGAGAAAGGGCUGCGUGUUCAAUAUUUUUGGUGUAGUAAGUUGAAGGAAGUUUAACACUUUUAUUGUGGUUAUGGGCAGUAUGGCGUGGCUCAGAUGGUUGAGCGGCCCCCCAGCAACUUGAGGGUUCCUGGUUCGAUUCCAUCUGCCGCCAUUGUGUGCUUGUGCGAGACACUUAACCCGCCCUUCUCACAGUGCUGCUCACUCCAUUGUUUGAAUGUGAAUGAAUGUUGUGAGGGCAAAUUGGCAGCCACGCGUCUCUCGGUCAACCCCAGGUUAGCUGUGGCUGCUUAGACUUAUACAAACUUUAUUAAUCCACAAGGGAAAUUGUACCACACAGUAGCUCAGUUACAAAGGAUGGAAAAAACAAUGCAGGUAUAAAGUAGACAAAAAAUGUACUUUAUACAUUUUUAUAUUUAUAUAUUUUUUUAUUUACCGUAUUUAUUUAUUGUCUGCUGGGUGGGCUGGAUUGUCCAUGAUGGCGAGCAGUUUGUCCAGUGUCCUCCUGUCCCUCACUGACACAAAGGCCUCCAACUGCGUGCCAAUAGUUUGGCUGGCUUUCCAGAUCAGUUUGUCAAUCCGGUUUAAGUCCCUUUUGCUGGUGCUGCUCCCCCAACAAACCACUGCAAAGUACAGGGCACUGGUAACAACAGACUCAAAAAAGAUCUCCAACAGCAUGCUGCAUACAUUAAAGGACCUAAGCUUCCUCAGGAAAAAAAAUCUGGUCAUGCCCUUCUUGUAUGCAACUUUGCUGUUGUCCUUCCAGUCCAGUCUAUGUUAAAGUGGACUCCCAGGUACUUGUACUGCCUCACUACUGCCACCUUCCGGCCCUGGCUGUUGAUGAGCUCCACAAGGGUAAUUUUUUUCUUGAAGCAUUAAGGAGCCUUAGACCAUUCCACAAAGUCAGCGAUCUGUGUCCUGUACUUCAAUUCCUGUACCUCUCCAAUACACCCGACCACAACAGAGUCAUCAGAGACCUUGAACUAUUCUGGAAGUCUGGGGUGUACAGGGUGAACAGGAAAGGAGACAGGACAGUCCCCUGUGGGGCACCUACACCACUGACCACAAUAUCCGACAGGGAGUCCCCAGUCGCACAAACUGGGGCCUCUCAGACUAGUAAUAUUUGGUCCAGGAGACAAUGGAUGAACUGACCCCCAUCCUGAGCAACUUGUCACUCAUCAGAAUUAGCUGGAUGGUGUUAAAGGCACUGGAAAAAUUAAAGAACAUGAUCCCUACAGUGCCCCUCCCACCAUCCAAAUGAGUGUGAGAAGGAUGCAGCUGGUAGAUAACAGCAUCAUCCACUCCUACAUGAUGCUGAUACGCAAACUGUAGAGGGUCCAGGGAAGGAGCUGCCAGGAGUCUCAGCUGAGCCAGCACAAGUCUCCCGAGGACCUUCAUGACGUGAGACGUCAGGGCAACCGGUCUGAAGUCAUUCAAGCCCGAUGGGAUGGGCUUCCUGGGAACCGGCACAAUGCAGGAUGUUUUCCAUAGCGCUGGUAUCCGUUCUAACAUCAGACUCAGGUUGACGAUGGGGUGCAGGAUCUCAGUCAACUGAGCAGCACAAGUCUUCAGGAUCCAGGGGUUGACUCGGUCAGGGCCUGCUGACUUGGCUUGGGCUCUCCAGCUGUCGUCUCUCAUGGCCAGGUGUCAGACACGCCGGGCUGGCUUUCUCAGUGGGGUUGGAAGUGGGGGGAUUAGAAACAGCAAGGGCAGGCAACAUUGAAGGUGUUUGUGGAUUUAUGGUCAGGGGAGGUGUGAGGACAGGAGUAGUGGGGGGAGGGCCAGUAAGGGCUAAAUUUAUUGAAAAACAGAUUCAGCUGGUUUGCUCUAUUUACACCCCCAUCCAGCAGUUUGCGUUGUUAUUGAAGCCUGUCACGGUUUUCAUGCCCACACAUCCCGAAUGUUAUUCUGCUGGAGUAGGCACCUUUUCCUUCUCGCAACUAAACUUUAAGCUGCCGGUAUAUCCUCCUCAACUCAUCCAGAUCACCAGAUCAGCACUACAAAUGUAACUUACCACCAUCACUUUCUGAAUGUGGAGUGAAUGAAUGAUAGGUUGUCAGUUCUAUGUGAAGCGCUUUGAGUGUCUAGAAAAGUGCUAUAUAAAUGUAAUGCUUUAUGUUUUAUUUAUUUGUAAGCUGGACUGCCCACAAUGAACCUGUAGCUUAAACUAAAGGGUGGAUUUGUCAGACAGUGGAUAAAGAAUGUGGACACACAUUUUUACAAAUGCCAUAUUUAUUCUCUCACUGAAAACAAAAGCAUCUAUAGAAGUUAGCCCCUAUUAUACACAUCCCCCAACCCCCCCAAAAAGGGCCAAUAUAUUUUACCCUAAGCCAUUGGUGUUCAAAUGUUUUUCCUCCACAAAGCCGCUUCCACAAUAAAAUCAUGAUAUUCUUA